CCAGGCUGGGCGAAGCCUGCCCCCGGCCUGGGGCCUCGGGCGUCCGCCAGUAUGGAGGCCGAGUCCUUCCGCCCGGGCGCUGCAGGGGGGAGCAGCUCGGAAGUGCUCAGUCUUUGACGGGAUGCCCAGGCAGGUCCACGAGAUCCAGUCUCACAUGGGACGCCUGGAGACAGCCGACAAGCAGUCUCUGCACUUAGUAGAAAACGAAAUCCAAGCAAGCAUAGACCAGAUAUUCAGCCAUCUAGAGCGUCUGGAGAUCUUGUCCAGCAAGGAGCCUCCUAACAAAAGACAGAAUGCCAAACUUCGUGUCGACCAGUUAAAGUAUGAUGUCCAGCACCUGCAGACUGCUCUCCAAAACUUCCAGCAUCGGCGAUACGCAAGGGAGCAGCAGGAACGACAGCGAGAAGAGCUUCUGUCCCGCACCUUCACCGCUAAUGACUCUGACACCACCAUACCAAUGGAUGAGCCACUGCAGUUUAACUCCUCCCUCCAGAAAAUUCACCACGGCAUGGAUGACCUCAUUGGAGGCGGGCACAGUAUUCUGGCGGGACUGAGGGCCCAGAGACUGACCUUGAAGGGGACCCAGAAGAAGAUCCUCGACAUUGCCAACAUGCUCGGCUUGUCCAACACAGUGAUGCGGCUCAUCGAGAAGCGAGCUUUCCAGGACAAGUACUUCAUGAUCGCUGGGAUGCUGCUCACCUGUGUGGUCAUGUUCCUCGUGGUGCAGUACCUGACCUGAGCCAGCCAGGCCCUGUGGCUGAACAGUGGUCCCGCGGCGUGGCAGUGUGUGUGAGUGUGAGUGUGCAGAGAGAGGGAGCCCCAGAGGCUGCCUUCUGAAAUGUGUGCCCAUCUUAACUGUGAAGACCACUCGGAAGUAAUUGUGACCUGUAACCUGGUGGGAGUUUCAAACCUCUGUCUUUUGUGACAUCUUGGAGGGGAAACUCGUGCUACCAAGAUGUGGUGCUUAGGAAAUGAACGAAGUGUCUGUUCUCUCUCAUGCUCACUCUCACUCUCACUCUCACUGGGGGAGGAAGUGAUGCAAGGGUGAGGGAGGACCAGGGAGAGGGGAGGAAGAGAAUGGCCUUGGUGGUUUUUGUCCUCAUAGCUGAUGUGCACCCGGGAAGGCUUUCACGGUGAGCUUGCAGACAGGACUGUCCACUCUUUGCCAUCCACUGGCCUUUCUGGCUCCUAGUAGGUAGUCUAGAGCAGAAGCAAAGAGAGGAGGGGAAAGAGGCCUUCUUUUCCUGCACCCACUGCAGUAGGUGGGUUCACAUGCUCUUGCUACUAGCCACCUUCCCCCACACCCCUCCAAAAAAUAAUGACAUGCCAAUGACUGACUGCUAAUACUUGUCAUCCUUCCCCGGAAGCAGCUACCUAGAGGAAACGGAGGCAUUGGCGCUGUUGCUGAUAGCAAGAUUUUCCACAUCACAGUUGUUGGGUGUUUCUCCUUUCUAAAGUAAGGCCAGUGUUAACUCCCUGGGAGUGGUCAGUCUUGAAACUGAAGACCCUAGUCACCGAUUUUUUUCCCAGUAGUUAAUGGUUGGCUUUUAAGACUGCAGCCUGGCACCCGUGCCCAGGCUUUGGUGGGUGUUUGCCCCUUAUCAAGUAGCUGUGAGCAAAGGUUAGUGAUUUGUCUUUUAAAGGUUUAUCCCCAGUUUUAGUAUCUCUAAUUAAGAAUUGGCUCUCUUCCCUUCCUUGAAAUAUAUUAGCAACUGCCAGCCAAGCCUCCAUUCUGCCCAGCCAGUGUGGGCACAUGCCACCCUAGAGGCGUCUCUGGUGUGUAUGUCCUUGUAAGACUCUGUUUUCAGGGACCAGGACUUUUUUCCUUCUCGGACCAACCCUAGUUUAAGGCUGUACCGGUACCCGGCGUAUUGUGGAAUUUAUUGUAAAGCCAAUCUGUUCAAAGAGACUAAUCACUGAAAGUACCAGAAAGACCUGGUUAGCCUAUUUUUUCAUCUGUCACAGGGUCUACCAGCCCUAGGCUCAGUAUGGCAAGACAUAAAUAACACUCAGAGUUUCCCAGAGGAACUGUAAACCUGGUCAGUAUUAACCCCACCUUUGACUGUCUUGCCCUACUUACUUCCUGUCUUUGUUUCUUGUCAUUUGGACUAUCUUCUGUCAUCUUUCUCUUUUCUGUGUGUUUUCUCUUCCACCUCCCUUCUUUACCACCACCCCCCCCCCCACCUGUUUCUAUAGCAGUAUUGAUCUUUGUAGGCACAUCUGUGGCAUAGAUCCCUUUUGGGGAAAUGUUUCUUAAUUGUCACAGAUUUUUAACAUGAGUUUCCUGGGUACUGAUUUCACACUUUUGGUAGGAUCUCUAUUGCUCUUACUUGUCUGGGCUAAACAGGGGCCCUGGGUUUCCAAGGAAAGGGGAAUCUUUGAUCCCUUCAUAAAAGGAUUGAGGGCCCUGCCAGAGUGAAAACAUUGGCCUGAUGGAUGGACAGAGGGGUGGAAGCAUCUUCAGACCUAGCUCUGACUUUGGGGAGGCCCAGUUGGAAAUUUCCAUCAUACGCAGCACCCCUGUCAUUCCAGGGACACAGCACAGGUCUCUUAGCAGUCCAUGAAAUGGGUUUUUAAACUGCACAGACUUGGCUCUGAGCCUGGGCACCUGAGGAUCUCCCCAGACAGUGCGCUUUGGAAGAAGAUGUACAAGGAGCAGCUAAGCCAUUUGGACUUGAACUCUGGGGAGGCAGAAGCUCCCCCCACCCUCUGCCCUCUGUUGGCUGAUGUGACACCUAUUUGUAAUGUACACCAGUCUGUUUCCACACUUGCCUUUCUAGUGAUUGUUGGCCUCGACCAACCAGAAGUAAGGCCUUCCUUCGUGCUGCACCUUCAGAGCCAUUCUCCCUACUUUGUAAUAAAAAUCGAGGGGGCAGUUUGUGGGUCUUCACCACCCGGAGCUAAGGAACAGCAGCCACAGUAUGUCUGGAGACCCUGGGGCACCUCGUGUCAUCGUGUGCUUGCCCUUCCCUGUCGCACAUCGGCUUUCAAUGCUCUGUGAGAAACACACUUUGUCUCCACAGUCCUCAGAGUAUCGGGCAGGGUCCCCAGGCCAGGGAAGGAGCACCCUCUGGUGGAGUUGGGGGGAAUUCUCAGGUGCAAGAAUCUCCAGGAGCCGCCUCUGCGACCUUGUACAGGAUUUUGGUGUACCUAUUGUGGUUUAAGACAGGUGGGUUGUCAAGGAACUUGGAAUAUCUUCAUUCCGUGGAUGUGUACUCCAGGUGUGAUCACCUUAAGAAAAGCCGAACUCCACGACCAAGUAAGUCGGAGAGUCUUGAUUUUAUAGAAAGCUUCGCUGCUGGGAUUUUUCCUGUCCUUUGCCCUGAUUAACUUAAAUGGGUUUGAUUUGCAAAUUUGGCUUUACACUCAUUGUUUUUGAAACACAUCAGUUGAAUAAAGUUGCUGUUUAUUUUA